AUGAGCCCGCCUGUGUCGACCCUGACCGGGGAAGUUCCGGAUACGUCCGACGCACCCUCGGCGGCUGUUGACACAGGACCAUUGGAGUAUCAACAGGAAAGUACCUUUAACAUCCCCAUUAGCAUUCCAUUUACGCAUUCAACAUCCAUCUCAGGACAACCAGACAUAAAUCCAGAAAAUCCACCAACACAGCAAUCCCAAACGACGGGAACCACGACCGCCUCCAGCGCCCCGCAUCUUGCCGGGCCCCAGAGUAGGCGAUCUUCCCGCCUGAUCUCAAAAAUGACACCAGUACCAGGAAAACCAAGCGAACAACUCCACUGCAAUGAGAACCGGUUCAGGUCUCCCGAUAUCUCCGCACCUGGCGGACCACCGGGAAGAACUCUCAGCCGGGAAACUCCCACUCACCAACAGCAACGAGUACGACGAGACCUCAGUCCGGUUCCCGGUUGCUCUUGGCAUCCGGUACGUUUUAAACCAUCCAGGAAUCCAGUAGUCACCAAUCGUGACGCCCACUUCCCCGUGCCGGCCCUGACCGGGGACGUUCCGCCUUAUAGCGAUGCUCCCCCGGCGGCUGCUGGUGCGGGAGGCCCGGGCACAUCCCGGGUAAGUUCAUAUCACCAUUCCAACCGACAAGAACAAUUCAGCGCCACAAACUCUUUUUCAAGGAAUGAUCGAACUUCCGACGUUGCGCUGACCACUCGCUUUAGAAAACGAUACCAAAACCUACCCGCAACGCAACGCACAAAAACCACCGACACAACGCCUGUGGACCCCUUGCCAUACCUCCCGCGGUCAUUGGAAGGGACGUACGCCAGACCACCCAUCAACAACUGCAACAAAAACUACCCCCUCAACACCAACAAAGCGCACGAAACCGAUAGCUUCCUGUCAAGGAAGAAAGCCUCUUCCCCUGCACCAGCCCUGUCCGCGGACGUACCGGCCCUCACCGACGAGCCUUCGGCGGCUGCUGGUGCAGGGGGCCCGGCUACCCCCCGGGUAAGUACCAUCUCUCGUUGCUUCUCGCCCGAACAAUCGUACGGCCCUGAACCUCUUCCAGACUGCAUACCAUCGAGCCCGCCCAGCCACCGAUCACACAGCAACAACAGUUCCAGCGAAGAGACUCUGAGUGCCUCCGCCAACCACCACAACACUCCUCCCUCACGAGAUGCUCCUCAAAACCCAGUCGCCCACCGUCACAGUAGAACGGCGCUACAAAAACACCCGGAAAACUGUACACUCGCAGUCCAGUGGAAUCUAAACAGCCUCCGAGCCAACCUUGGAGAAGUACAAAUUAUCGUCGCACGAACGGAACCCAUCUGCCUGGCCUUACAGGAAACUCACCUAAGGGACAACAACAACCUCGCCUCUUGGUUUAGCCACCGAUAUACAUGGGAUACCGCAAGAGGAUCCAACAUUUACCAAACUAUCGCACUCGGAAUCAGAGCCGACAUCCCGUCCGAAACCAUCCAGCUCAACACCGAACUAAUCGCAGUAGCGCAUAGAAUCCUCUUCCCGGCGAAAUGCACAAUCGUCUCCAUCUACAUCCCACAAGAAGUCAACGACGUCGGGAAUAAACUCCGGAAUCUAGUCAGACAACUGCCAACCCCAUUCUUAAUAAUGGGAGAUCUCAACGCACACCAUACCAUGUGGGGCUCCUCGAAGUGCUGCCAUAGGGGCAACGCCAUCGCCAAAGUGGUGGAGGAAACCAACGCCAUCACCUUGAACGACGGAAGCAUUACUUUCCUCAGGGGUCGAGCUUCAUCUGCCCUUGACGUGACGAUGUGUUCCAGCUCGAUUGCAAGUUCCUGCGGUUGGGCAGUACUGCCAGAUCCAGGGAACAGUGAUCACUUCCCAAUUUCAAUAUCUUACGGUCGCUCACUCCCAACCACAUCCCGACGCAGGCGUUGGAUCUUCGAACAAGCGGACUGGUCUGUAUAUGAAGAAAGGAUACUGGAUGCAAUUGAUCGCGAUCGACAAUACUCGCCAGAGGAGCUAGCAGAAAUUAUGUCCGAGGCCGCAACACCAUGCAUCCCACGAACAAAAGGUACCCCACCAAAACGUAGUGUCCAUUGGUGGAACCCUGAAGUCGCCAACAUCCUGAGAUCAAGGCGGAAAGCUCUUCGUGCCCUGAAGAGAACCACACCCAAUAACCCUCAAUGGGAAGUACUCGCAGCAAAUUUCCGCCAUCUAAGAACCACCGCAAGAAAAGCAGUAGAAGAAGCGAAAUCAGCGAGCUGGUCUCGCUUCCUGGACGGUAUCAACGCAGACUCCUCUACAGCUGAAUUGUGGCGAAGAAUCAACGCCCUCAACGGAAAACGCAGACAAAGAGGCUUCACACUUUCCCUAAACGGCACCGCAAUAGUAAACCCGGGAGAAAUAGCCAACGAAAUUGGAAGAUACUUCGAGUCACUAUCAUCUAACGAUUCACGUCCCACCAACUUCUCAAAACGAAAAGAAACCCUCGAACUCUCGCCAAUCACUUUCAUCCCUGACUCGAGCCACACAUAUAACCGGCCUUUCUCCACCAAUGAACUGGCGACAGCUUUAGGCCGCACCCAUGGAAAAUCCACCGGCCUCGACGACAUUGGGUACCCCAUGAUCAAACAUCUACCCCCAACUGGAAAAAGAGCGCUCUUAGAAGCAUUCAACAGGAUCUGGGAAGGCGGGCCCUACCCAGACAGCUGGCGGACCGCACUGAUAAUACCGAUCCCCAAAAGGAACCAGGGAAGCAGAUCUCCCAGUGACUUCAGGCCAAUAAGCCUACUCUCCUGUGUAGCCAAGACAUUCGAAAGACUGGUCAACCGACGACUCACAAGUGUAUUAGAGGAAGGAAACCUGCUGGACCGCAGACAAUUUGCGUUCCGAAAAGGACUCGGUACCGGAGUACACCUAGGGACAUUUGGAGAAAUCAUCAACGACGCACUGGCCGACGGGUUGCACGCUGAUAUUGCCAUACUCGAUGUGGCUAAAGCAUACAACACCGUAUGGAGGGAAGGCAUACUUCGACAACUACACCAGUGGGGGAUCCGGGGGAAUCUUGGCGCUAUCCUCCGGCAAUACCUUUCAAACCGAAGUUUCAGAGUCGGCAUAGGCGGUACACUCUCUGAUCUCUACAAAGAAAGUAACGGCGUACCCCAAGGAUCUGUAUUGGCUGCGACACUGUUCCUGGUCGGAAUGAACACAGUCUUCGACUCCCUACCCAAAGGAGUAUACAUCCUGGUCUACGCAGAUGACAUCAUCCUCAUAGUCGUUGGAAAAAGUCUCGCCAUAAUCCAAAGAAAACUCCAAGCAGCAGUUAGCGCGGUCGGACGUUGGGCGAAUUCCGUAGGCUUCAGCCUAUCCGCCCAAAAAAGUGCUAUCGCACACUGUUGCGGUUCUCACCACAUCGCAACUGGCCGACCAGUGACACUAAACGGCAACAUCAUCCCAUUCCGGAAGGAACCGCGAAUACUAGGAAUAGUGAUCGACAGGAAAAUGACCCUACUUCCACACUUCCGCCAACUCAAAAAAGAUUGUGAAAGUAGAAAGAGAUUAGUACGAGCCAUCAGCAACCGACACACCAGAUGCAACCGCAGAACGGCCCUCAACGUCAGCCAAGCCCUCAUCAACAGCCGCAUUUUCUACGGACUGGAACUAACCUGCCGGAACAUCGACGGACUCAUCUCCAUCCUUGCACCAUUGUACAACGGGGCGGUAAGACUCGCUUCAGGCCUGCUUCCCAGCACCCCAGCAGAAGCUGCCUGCGUCGAGGCUGGAAUACUCCCCUUCCGGUGGGAGGCUGCCGUCGCGGCACUUAAAAGAGCACUACUCUACUUAGAGAAAACAUCUGGCAACGACUGCUCCAUCCUCAACACUGCGAGAGACAUCCACGCCAACUACACCAGUGAACCCCUACCGAAAAUCGCUCGGCUACAUCGGGUCUGGGACCGACCAUGGUAUGACAGAGGUCCCAACAUAGACACCAGCUUAAGUCGGAAAAUCAAAGCAGGUGACCCCACAAAACUCGCGCGGAUCGAGUUCAACAAACUUGUCAACCAGAAGUACAACAAUCACCUACAUCUAUUCACCGACGGUUCCAAGCUAAACGAGGAAGUAGGAGCAGGAGUAAGCGGAAUCAGAGCUGGUCUAUCGCUUCGCUUGGCAGCUUCUUGCUCUGUCUUCUCAGCUGAAGCAGCUGCAAUCUUCACCGCAAUCACCCAAAAACCCAUCGAUACACCUACGGCUGUAUUUUCGGACUCCCUUUCGGUCCUAACUGCGCUCGAGACUGGAACCUCCAAACACCCGUACGUGCAAGCAAUAGAAGCUAACUGCGACACCCUCACUACAUUAGUGUGGGUCCCCGGCCACAGCGACAUUAAGGGCAACUGCGAGGCAGACCGCCUGGCAGCCAUCGGACGUAAAGCCCGCACCAUGAUCUCCCAAGAAGUUCCUACCUGCGACAUCAUCAGAGCAUUCAAACAGAAAGUAGAAAUCGAAUUCACCAGCCUACCACGAUGGUUUCUCGCAUCGCAAGAGACACUGAGAGUCGAGCUGGCUUCCGAUGAACCGUACAGCCCCUGUCUCCGGGGUUUCCGUGAACUCGAUGAGUGCACACCUCACGCGUAA